CCCUUCUGCAAGACAUGCGUGUUACUGUGGUCUCUCAUUUUUUCACCCCGUCUUUGUUUAUGUUUCCCCCAAAACCGGGUGAUUUACUUCAGGUUACAUUUCAGCAGGACAAACACGACGAAAUUAUCACCUCCACUUGUAUCCGCUGGACUCUCUUAAAGGUUUGACGAGAUGUCGUCCGUUUGGCAGCAGGAGCCAUCGUGUUAUUCGCCAUGUGUAGAAAUUGACUCCAGCUCGGUGAGGACAAAGGAGCACCUCAGAUCUCCUGCCUGGCUAAAGCAGGAACAAGAUGACCUUCGUAUCAUUAAGUGGGAGAACUUUCAGACUGAUGCAUCAGCAGAUGCUGUUCAGGACAACACACCCAGCAGUGCCAUGUCUGCUGCCUCACAAGUAGAGGGUCUACCCCCGAGGGUGCUGUUGACCAUCACCAAGCUGCAGUGCAUGCUGGAGAGCAAACAGGAACGCAUUGCUGCUCUCGAGAGGCAGGUGGAGGAUCUGAUGCAGGACCGCAAGUUCUUAAGGAGCCAGAUUGAAAACCUCACAAGUAACCGCUCCAUGGCAGCGUUUGCUGCACCCAGUCCUGUGACUGAAGCUCCAAAACUGAGCAGAGUGCAGCAUUCAGAAAGUAAAUCUCGAAAGAGAGAAAGGGCUUCUUCCAGUUCCUCCAGCAGCAGCAACAGCAGCUCUGAGGCAUCCGACUCAUCGGAAAUGUCUGCAGCCUCUAGUGAACACAGACGGAAGAAACACCAUAAGGACAAGAAAAGAUCAAAGAAAGGGAAGGACUACAGCAGGAAGAGAGCUACCGGAGUCCAGUACGUCAUUCACCGCUACAAACAAGUCCUGUCCGCCUUCAUCAAGAAGAAAAGUAUGAGCGAAGCCUUCCGCCAUCUUGGAAUCGACCGGAACACCAUUGCCAACACGGCAUCGAUUGCCGAGCUCCACCUGGCGGGCAAAGACAUGGUCUCCUUGGUUGGCAGUUUUCGCCAAGGGGAAGAGACUCUGGUCAGCUACGCCCAGCGGUGCACAUUGGUCAUUGACAGUGACACUGACCUGUCCAGGAAAAUAGACCAGAUGAAAGCCAACGGCGAGCUUCUGCCCAUCUCUGGGAAAAGGUAUAAACCUAGCAGUAUGACUGGGCGUCAAGCAAAAUUUGAUGGUGCAGAGGCAAUACGCCGAAUUUUGGCUGAGGACAAUAGUGAAGAUGAUGACGCUUAAUAUGAUUUUGAUGAUGAUGACGUCAGUGAUUUCGAAGACGUUCCAGCCAUCCACAAAUGCAGACAGCAAGAUAUAAUUCAUGAAACAAUGGGACCAACAUGGGAGUCUAAGACAGAAUCAAUAAAGGAGACCUUCAAACUUUUAUUGACAAACGAGAUCAUGGAUAUUAUAAUUCGUGAAACUAACCAAGAGGCUGAGUGCAGUUUUAGGCUUUGGAACGAUGCUCAUCCUGACAAUAAACGGAAGUGGAAAGCUCUGACUCAAAUCGAAUUCAAAGCUUUUAUUGGGUUACUACUCUCUGCAGGGGUAAAUCGAGCGGGCAUGGAAUCAUUGCAAGAAAUGUGGUCCUUCAGAAAAGGAAGGCCAAUAUUUCGAGCUACUAUGAGCUAUGACCCCUUCCAUGCCAAUACAUGGCAAGCAAACUGGCCAAGUACGGUAUAAGAUAUGGUGGAAUUGUUGCGCAUCCACAUUGUAUCCACUAAACGGUCAGGUGUACCUGGGGAAAGUAGACAACCAUCCAGAGAAAAGUCAGGGAGAACGCGUCGUGAAGGACAUGGUUUGACCAUGGUUAGGUAAAGGGAGAAAUGUCGUCUGCGAUAACUUCUUCACUUCUGUACAACUUUGCGACUUCCUUCUUGCUAACAACACGACAAUGGUUGGGACAAUGAGAAAGAACAAAGCUGACAUUCCAAAGGAGAUGCUGCCAAACAGAGCAAGGGCAGAGCAUUCAUCAGUGAAUCCAGGGGGAGAAGACUCGUGUCUUAUGUUCUUAAGAACGGAAAGGCAGUCAUACUGCUUAGCUCACUUCAUCAUGAUGAUUCCGUUGAAGGAGAAGCCACCAAACCCGAGAUCAUCCACUAUUACAACAGUACAAAAGGUGGGGUUGAUAACAUGGAUCUGGACUCAGAGCACUCGGAUACGAGAUUGAUCCUGCCCGCCAGAUUCAUGAUGCUCCUGCUGCAAAGGGUCGACGUUGUGCCUUAUGGCCAAGAGCAGGAGACCGAAAAACGUGGAAAUCAUGUACCACCUGUGGUAAUCCAUGCUGCAUCGAACAUAGUGCCUCCCGCACUGUUUACAGUGACUGUGCGUAAACACAAAACAGGUUACCAUGAGGUAAUCAUGUAGUUUGUGACACUGAAUACUUGUCUGCCUUGGGGCAGGCAAUAGACUGUGACACUUGGAACUGCCAGUUAGAGACUAAAGCCGCAUUUCCAUACGGGACGAGUCGACUCGGUCAACACAACUCGGCACAGUUGUGUUGUGUUUCCAUUGCAAUUGAGGGCCACCACAGUGUGGGUGGAGUCGAUAUAGCAGCGCGGGCAGUAGUCUCAUGACGUGACUCAUGCGCGGCUCAAAACACAACACAACAAUAGAUGAGAUAGAGGCAAGCUAACAGCUAAUGCCAGUUUAAUAUAAUCAUCAUGCAUAAGUCCCCCAUACAAUGUGUUAAUGGAUGAAGGUUAUCAUUGUUAAGUAUAACCCUAUACCCCCGAACAUAAUCGGCUCAGUGUACUUCAAAAGAGCCCCCGUUCGCGGACUUACGGCAACAAUUACUGUAAUAACACCACAGUAAUACCCUAUAUUGGUUGUGAAGUGCAGUUUCUCAGUUUUCAGAAACUGUUUGAAUUUUCUCGAUAGGACAAACGGUUGUGUUAUAACGGUAAUUCAAAGAUCCUUUGAUCAGCCCUCCGGUCGGCUCUGUGCUAACCAGCUGUUCGGCUAGUAGGGGCAGGUAACAGUGCUUCAGCGGAGAUCACCCGGCAGUAUGGGGUUAUAAUAUGUAUGCUGUGUGAGCAUUUCAGAUGGCUCUCAUGUUGCAAACCUAUUGCUGCAAACUGUCGGUCUGGGGAUUCAACCGGUGCUUUGUGCCUCCAGUUUCUUGCUGUAUGGUUUUAAAAAUGGCAGGCUUGAUUCUGGUGAAGGAGUCGCUCUCAUGCCUCUGAUAGUGACGACACUUCCUGGCCUAUCAGUGGCAUGCUAUCCUCCACGUCACAUUUUUGUAUUGCCUCAUAUCGCUCAGAACCUCGGGUGAGUGGGUACGAAAAAGCAAACUUGUACCA